CCCCGGUCCCGCAGCCCCAGGGGGCCCCGGCGCCCUUGGAGCAGCCGCCUCAGAGCAACACGCUCGUGGGGCUGCCCAUCGUGGCGAUCGAGAGCAUCCUCGGCUUCCUGUCCUACGACGAGACGAGCCAGCUCCGCCUGGACGAAGUAAAGAACGUUUCCUGCUUAUGAUGAUUGCCGCCAGGCAAGGCAAGACCAUGGUCCCUUCCCUGCACAAAGAAGCACUCGCUAUACUUCACUGAGCAUAAUGCCUUCUGCUAUUCCUGAUGUUACUGCAUUUAAAAGCAUAAAUGAAGCAGCUGACUGGUUAAGCAGAGAAGUAGAUCUAAACUAAUGGAGACUAAACAAGUUUGUAAGCGAAUGGACUUGGUUUGCCAGCGAAUGUUAAAUCAGGGAUUUCUGAAAGUGGAAAGAUACCACAACUUGUGUCAAAAGCAAGUUAAAGCUCAGCUUCCAAGACGGGAGUCAGAAAGAAGAAAUCAUUCAUUAGCUCGUCAUGCAGACAUCCUUGCUGCUGUAGAAACAAGACUCUCUCUGUUAAAUAUGACUUUCAUGAAGUAUGUGGAUUCCAAUCUCUGUUGCUUCAUACCUGGAAAGGUAAUCGAUGAAAUUUAUCGUGUACUAAGGUAUGUAAACUCUACAAGAGCUCCUCAAAGAGCCCAUGAAGUUCUUCAAGAACUAAGGGACAUUUCUUCCAUGGCUAUGGAAUAUUUUGAUGAGAAGAUUGUUCCAAUACUGAAAAGAAAGCUGCCUGGGUCAGAUGUAUCAGGACGUCUCAUAGGAGCUGCCCCAGUUCCAGGGCCUUCUGCAGCACUAACAACAAUGCAGCUAUUCUCCAAGCAAAACCCCUCAAGACAGGAAGUCACCAAACUCCAGCAGCAAGUGAAAACAAAUGGUGCGGGUGUGACAAUGCUAAGGCGGGAAAUCUCAGAGCUUCGCACCAAAGUGCAAGAACAACAGAAACAACUCCAAGACCAAGAUCAGAAACUGCUAGAGCAAACCCAAAUCAUAGGUGAACAGAAUGCCCGAUUGGCUGAGCUCGAACGCAAACUGCGAGAGGUGAUGGAGAGUGCAGUAGGAAAUUCCUCAGGUUCUGGCUCAAAUGAAGAAUCUCCUAGAAAACGGAGGAAGGCAACUGAAUCCGUAGACUGUCCUAGGAAAUCUAAACGCCUUCGAAACAGAAAAUAACUUGGGAGAAAAUGACGCCUUCAGGAGGAUACACUGCUUUAGUAGCCCAAGCAGAUCCCUGCUUGUUUGGAUACUGUGACUAGUUUCAUGGUGUCACUUAGGCUGCUGGCUCUUCAAAAUACCACUUAGACUUGAACAGUAAUUUUCUUUCAUUGAGACUUUUCCCCUGCUUUCUGUCUGGGUGGGCCUAAUUCACAGGAUCUUUAAGAUUUGCAAUAGAUACAUACUAACCUGACCUGCUCUAUCAUGUUUUGAAGGGUUAAUCUUUUUUUCUGUGCAGAUGUGUUUAAAGUAAACUUAUUUGUGUUUAUGCAUAUAUUCACAUAAAAUCUUAAAUAAAUCCAGUCUUAACUGACUAGAAAGUUAAGCUUACAAACAGAUGUCCUGUUCACUUGAAGAAAAGACCCACUUUUUAAAUCUUGUUUUAGAGAACUUGACCUUUUUUGUUACAAGUGACCUUGUCUGGAAUGUCUGAAAAGUAGUUAAUACUUUUUUGGGAUCUAUGUAAUGAGUAAAACUGACUUCUUAAGCUAUGGUAUUGGCUAUAUAUUUUUGUAAACUUACAAGGAAGGGCCUUCUGUCCGGUCUUUACAUGCACACACCCUAGUUCUAGGUCUUGGGAGCCAUAUUCUACAUUUGCAUGGAUAGGUGCAUGUACUGCUUAGCCUGCUAAAAGCACUUGCCUGAAGUUGUUCUUAACUCUGGAAGAGAGUAGAGACCUAUAAAGCAAAUCUUUGUUCCUCAGCCAUAACUUAGCAUCUGCUUUCAGCACAACUGCUUUCUUACAAUGAGGUGGUCUUAUGAGGCUAGUUGCAAGAGAGUUUGAAGCCAGGCUAUCUGCCACUUUCACUGCCUGUAAAUUGCAGGUACUGUUAGCCAAAGCUUGAGAAUUGAGAAGCUGCCUAUGCGUCACUUUGAUUCAUAGGCCAACAUCAGUAAGUAUUAGACAAACUGUCCCUACAGUAACCGAGCUCAGUGGGACACCAUUUGAAUGAAAUGCUGUAUUAUGGAAAAACUUAAACUAUUUUGUGUGUAUGUGUUGGGGGGGAUGUGUGGAGAUUUCUCUGUAAUACUGAUGACAAUAUUCUCUUUCCUUAUCCUAAAAGGUAAAUCACAUCAGACAAAGCUUUAAUUUCUUUUGCACUUCUGUUUUGAGCUUGUAACUGGAAAAGCAUGUCUUGCACUGUUCAGUCUCUCUGGUCACUUUAACAACCUCAGAGUUGUGUACAGUGAUUUUUUUCCCCCGUCUGUAUAUUUUUGGAACCUUAUACAAAUACCAUUGUCCUUGUUUUUGUUUUAAUGUACUAAACUAUGUAGCUUUAUCAUUUGACUUAUGUUUUCUUUUUUUAAUCAGCUGCUGCUUUGGGUUUAGGCGGUACUGAAUUCAACUUGGUGUGGCACUAAACACGCAAAUGCUGCAGUUGUAGCUGUUUAAAAUAUUGAUAAUAUUAUAGUGGGUUAAAGCGCAAAUUUCUCAUGUUUUGUAUAGCUGUCAGCAUAACAUAGUGGUUGUAUUUGUCACCAAACAAAUCAGGAAUUAUCUGGUCAAAUGUUCUAGAAUUUUAGGAGAACUGACAUUUUUCCUGAAACUUAAGCUUCAAGUUUUGCUUCUAAAACAUAUUAGCUCAUAUCAGAAACAACACUGCAAAACAUCAUUGCAAAUGUCUAAUUUUUGGCAGACAUUUAAUUUUGAAAUAAACUUGUUUGUUAGUUUGAGGCUUUUAAAAAGGUAUGUUUCUUUUUAAGCAAAGCAUCAAGCAAAUGAUUAAAGGUUAUCUGGGGGAAAGGUUAAACUGGUAAUGGACCAUAUGCUGUUAUUGGUCUUCCAUAGCUCAUAAAUUUUUUACUGUUACAGACCUCUUGAAUAUAGAUAUCAGCUGUUCAGUUAAAAAUACUUGCAUGUGCCUUCAUCUUUUAAAAAAUAAUUUUGAAUGAUUCUAAGGGUCAGCAUGAUAGCUGUAAUUCACUUGUACCAAAUGAUACACAGUACAAAUUAAUUUAAUGGGCUUAUUACUUUACCAGAUAUUUGUGGUUAAAUACUUCUAAACAAGUAAAAACCUGUGAAGUGCAUUUGUUGAAAAGGUUUAUUCAGACAUCUCUAGAAUCUUUCACUUUAGUUUCUUUAUGAAUUUCUAGAAGAUGCAAACAAAUUUCCCCCUCCCCAGUAUACAAAUAGUUUUCAGGUUAAUUAGGAGUAGCAUUUAUUUAUGUUGGUGAAUCUCUAGCUAUGUGUACACUGAGAUGGAGAGAAGAAUAGCCUAUUGUGAUAUGAAAUGUUCUCUGUGAACAGUGCCAAGUUGGAACCUUCAGCUCAAGGAAGUACUAUGUGCUGCAAGUUAGCAGGUGCAUCCUGACCCUCUGCAUGCUGCCAAGUACAGUAAAAUUGAACCAGGCCCACCAGACUUAAUGGGGAGGAGGGAGGGUUACAAGCUUCGAGAAAAGCCAAGUAUACAACAGAGCUACACCACUUCCUGGGGAGGGAGGGAGGGAUCAGUAUUGAUCAGCUGUCCCUGGAAGGACUUUCAGACAAGAGUAUGCGUCAGUGGUAUAGAAUGUAGAAAACAGAACGAACUAAUAGUUUUGAGAAAAUAGCUGCAAUGUUAACUUUUGACAUCAUGUUGUCCCUAAAAAGGGUGCAUUUUGCUAUAUAUAAACAAGUUGACAAACAGACUGAAGUAAAGCUAAACCACUUCUAAAUUUAUAAAUUUCUAUGCAAGUUUACAUUGCUUAGUAUACCAACACUGAAAAGUACAGUGUUAGAUUAGGCUGUUUACGGGAGAACCUCAAACUAGUGAGACUAAGAUGUAGCUUACAAAGUUAUACCAAAAACCAUUGUAUUUGCAAACAGCUAUCACUUGGUGUUGUUCAGUUUUUGUACAUGUAUCAAGGGCUAAAACUAAACAGCUCAGAGUUGAAAGAAAAAGUGAUAGUACAGAUAGACACUAACUACCUUCUGUAGUUACUAUCUUACAUAGCUUAAAACUGUUUCUAAUACUGAGACUAACGUUCCUUCUUUUGUAGCUUCUUUUACUUUUUCUAAAAACAGCAGCUUUCUUCACAAACUGCUUUUUGCUUCAUAGUAGGCGCUUUUUUUCCCCCAGAAGUCUGUAAAAAUCAGAAGUCUAUAGUGUAUCUGAUGAGUAUGGUGAAAAUAGUAUCAAGAUACUCUAAAUGCUGCACAGUGGUACUUUUUUGAGGGCAAGCUGUUUACAAUCACCUCUCCCCAAAUUCAACAACUUGUGAUUUUUGUAUGAGUAUAUGUAAAUGCAGUAUGCAAGCACCUUCUGAACUGGGGCUAACAGAAUGCAAUAGGUGGAAGCCCUGAAGUGAGAAAGACUACCUGCUUAACAAGAGAAAUUUCUCAGAUUGAAGAACAGAUAGAAACUAAUGGUAGAUUCUUAAAUAUCUGAUACUCGCAGCAUAGCACAUUAACUUCAUAAUAAAAGUUCAUUAAUGUUAUGAGGAUGUCUUGACGUAAUUUCUUAAAAUAAAAGGUAAGACUGUAUUGGACAGAACCUUAGUUGCCCUUACUGAGAUCUUCUAACAGUUAAUUAUAGAUAAGCACUAAGAUUGCUUAAGGUAUUUUCAGCACCAAGGGCCUCUUGAAAAUAGGAUGGCUUAGGAUGUAGUCAUACCUGUCUUCAGACAGGGAGAGAAUUACAUAAUAUCUUGGUGCUCCUGCUGAUUUUAAGAAAGUAAUUGGCAAUUCACAGUGAUAGAUUAUUCUUAGAUUCAGGAGUAAAUUGUUUGGACUAUUUUAUGAUAAUGUGUCUGUGAGCUGUGCACUGUUCUGGUACUCUGCAAUUCCGUUCUGUACUACUUUGCACUGUACCUGGACCGGCUCGUUUGUCAGUCUGCUCUCUGCUCUUCCAGAGCUGGGCUUCGCUUUCCUGGUUAAACAGUGACGUACUGCCAGAUCCAGUUUACGUGUGACUGAACACUCUAGCAUUCGUGUUCUAGCCUUGUGCUGGCUGAAGUCAUACUGAGGUCCUGGAUCUAUUUGUCUUCUGAAGGGAAAAUGUCAGAUACAAAAACUGUUAGCUUACUGAAGACCUGAUAAAUCUGGAUUUGUUACAUGAACUGCUUAAACCAUGAAGACUCAGUGAUUAAACAGGAACAACAAACUUUUCUGCACCUCAAGGAAUUCUCUUACCCUUGGGCAAUUACAUUUCCCCAAACCUUCCCAUUUAAUAUUCUUCUCAGUUGUUUAAGCCUUGGCAUGUCUAGUUUAUAAAUCUGGGAUCUUUUGUUGAGUUACCGUACUGAAACUUGUAAUUGUUUACCAACAUGCACAUCAGCAGUGCAGGAAAUCUGCCUCUUGUCUACUGAACUCUGGUCUUACACCUCUCCUCCGUGCUCCUAGUGACCAACUGCAACCUUCCUUAGCAGUAGAUGCACCCACUCUUUUGGCAGGAUCACACCAAUGGAUGAGAAGAUCUUUGGUGCAGUGAUGGACAGCAGUGCUAAUAUUUGAACUACAACAAGACGGGAACAUUUUCAGAAACAUAAUGUACAGUGUUUAGAGUGCAGUUGAGUGAAACACUUGUGAUCCUGGCAAUUUUUCAGACAGCUUCUGCACUGCUACCAAACCCCCCCCCACACACACACUUCCUGGUUUAUUGUGAAACAGUCACUGAGCAACAAGUAAAACUGAAGAUCCCUUGCAAGGAGAAAACGCCUUGAUGAAAUCUAAACGUUUAUUUUACCUCGGUGUGAGGUAAGAUUUGAAAUCCUAUGCUGCACCUGUCCUCAAAAAGUACAAAAUUCAGAUUGUGUGACUAAGCAGGGAAAAGCUGUGAAUAGUCUUAUUUUCCAUGUAUUCUCUAUUUGGUCCUUUUUUACUACUAAUCCCUUCAAUGCAUGUAAACAAAAAUAUUACCGAACUGUUAUCUUUUACGGUUCUUGUGCUUUGUCCAUUACUUCAGAUUGUAACAUUCUCAAGGUGGGGACUGUAUUUCCUUUGUGUUUGCACAAUUGCACAUGGGGCUUUUGGCAACUAGUACAUAUAAGCCUUUUAUUAUUGGUGGUUAUUAUUAAUAAAUUUAAAGUGAUUCAUCAUGA